AUGGCCCCUACAAUUUCCAUCGACUACUCAAUCAAUUCAACCGAGAAGGCACAUCAAGGAAGAGCCUACGUGACGUUUUUGGCAGGCGAUGGAGACUACGUGAAGGGAGUGGUGGGACUAGCAAAGGGUUUACGUAAGGUGAAAAGUGCUUACCCUCUUGUUGUUGCUGUGUUGCCUGAUGUUCCUGAGGAACAUAGAGAGAUCUUGAGGUCUCAAGGCUGUGUUGUGCGUGAGAUCGAGCCUGUCUAUCCUCCAGAAGACCAGGUCUCGUAUGCAAGGGAUUAUUACAUUGUCAACUACUCCAAGCUUCGAAUCUGGAACUUUAAGGAGUACAACAAGGUGGUUUUCUUGGAUGCGGAUAUUCAAGUCUACGGCAACAUAGACGAGCUCUUUGAUUUGCCAGACGGUUACAUGCACGGCGCGAUAGGCUGUUUCUGUGAGAAAACAUGGAGCCACACACCGCAGUACACUAUCGGGUAUUGCCAGCAGUGCCCGGAAAAGGUGAAGUGGCCGGCCGAGAUGGACUCUCCUCCUCCUCCGUACUACAACGCCGGAAUGUUUGUUUUUGAGCCUAACCUUGCUACUUAUCACAGCCUCCUCGAGAGUCUCAAGGUCACACCACCUUCAGCAUUUGCAGAACAAGACUUUCUGAAUGUGUUCUUUGAGAAAGUUUUUAAACCGAUCCCAUUGGUUUACAACUUGAUUAUGUCUGUACUUUGGCGCCACCCGGAGAACGUGGACCUGGGGAAAGUCAAGGUUAUUCAUUACUGUGCGCCUGGAUCCAAGCCAUGGAAGUUCACAGGAAAAGAAGCUUUCAUGGACAGAGAAGAUGUCAAAAUGCUGGUUAAGAAAUGGUGGGAUAUUUAUGACGACGAGUCCCUCGAUCUCAAACCGAAAAGCACCUGA